AUGUCGUCCUGGCAAGAUUACGUCGACAAACAUUUACUGGCUUCCAGGUGCGUCACCAAAGCCGCGAUCGCCGGCCAUGAUGGCAACGUGUGGGCCAAGUCCGACGGAUUCGACGUAUCAAAGGAGGAAUUGAGCAAAAUAGCUUUGGGCUUUGAAAAUCAAGAUACAUUAACAUCUUCAGGCAUUACAUUGGCAAGCGUUCGCUAUAUUUAUUUAUCGGGCACUGACAAAGUUAUAAGAGCUAAACAAGGAAAAGUUGGAGCUCAUUGUGUGAAGACUCAACAAACGAUUGUUGUUUCAUUAUAUGAAGAUCCGGUUCAACCACAACAGGCUGCAUUGGUAGUUGAAAAACUUGGAGAUCAUUUAGUUGCCCAUGGUUAUUAA